AUGAAAGAUCUUGUGGAAAGUGAAUCCCUAUGCAGCGAUCAAAAUAACGGAAUUACCGAAAUAGAAAAUAAUUGCAGGGAAGAAAUUCCGUUUCAAGUGAAACAAGUAGAGUCAUCAUCAUCGUUUCCUUAUUCAAGCAAAAAGGAUAUAGAUUCUGUGGCAAAUACUGCUAAUAUUGAUUCUGACGAGACAAAACAUUUAGGGAAAAGCAAACAUGUGAAAGAAAAUGAAGAAGGCUAUUUAGCAUUUAAAAAUCUUUAA